UUAUGGUCAACCAUCGGCUGUCGUCGGGUCGGCUUACGGAUUUUCGGUUUAUCGUCGGCUUUCGGUUUGGUUUUAGUGAUUCGUCGUCUAAUUGGAUUAUUUGUUUAUUUAAAAGUAAUUUUUAUAUUUAAAAUCCGAUGAUUUAGUGAAUCACGUAUAAUAUAAGCAAGCAUAAGUGGUUUCAGGAUUGUUAAAGUAAAGUCUUUAGGCAGUUGAGGCAAUGGAGCUACAAGAGUUGCUGGUGCCCUGUGGCCUCGGAGUAGCCGCCGUUUCCGUUGUUAUCUUGCUGAUACGCCUGUUCUCUACAUCCGGGACAACAUAUGAAGAAGCUAUUGCACAACAAAAAAAAGCCACUACUGAACUUCUUGCCUUAGCUAAGAAUAAAGGAAAAGCUAAGAAAACUAGCAAGAAAGCAAAUAAGAAGUUGGCAAAGAAGGAGAGGAAGGAGAGUGCCGCAGCGGCGACAGCCAGUGAACCGGAAAGUGAGGCACCAGCUGAGAGUGGAGCUGAUGAAGAUACUGCACCUGCUCCUAAACCACAUGUGGAAUUCAGCCCUCCUGUUGUUGUGGACGUGCCAACCGAUACUCCCCCCAAUAUUAAGAUCCGCAAACGCGGUAAGGAUCCUAAAGUAAAGCCGAUACUUGUUAACAAAGAGGAUCCGAGCUGCGUUAGCGAUCCGGGCUCCGUGCCCUUCCCCGGCAGUGCCGUCUCCAACCACUUUGAAGAGAUGCACCCCAAGGACGAGUUCGAAUUGUUGCACUCGUCGUUCAUUGAAAAAGCGUUAGAGAAGAAAGAAGAGGCCGGAGAAAAGAAAGACAAGGCUCCGAAGCCGGCGAAGAAUACGAAAGCUCCGUCCAAACCGGCCGCCAAUCCGGAGCCUGUUAAAGAUGAAACUGUACCAGAACGACAAAAUACCGCCGAAGGACCUAAAGAACAGAGAAAAGUUAAGAAAGUUGAGAAGAAGAGCGUGGUAGAGGAAGUAGCAGUAGCGGAGGAGGUGGUGCCGCCGCUGAACGCGCCGCAGCCGAGCGAACUUACGACUGACAAGCUCCUGAAGCAGGCGCUCGCCCCCUCCGUUGCUACCCCCGCCCCGGCCCCCGCCCCAGGCCCAGCGCCCGCGCCCUCCCCGCCCGCUGUCAAAGGCAAGAAGAAGAAACCAGAGCCCAAUGUGUUGUCGCUUAUGGCUGGUGACAGCGGCGGCGUGGCUGUGAGCGAGCUGGUGCGUGUUGUGCGCGAGGCGGCGUUGUCCCGCAACGAGAUACAGAUACUGACUGAUGCGCUGCUCAACAAGCACCAUGACCCGCUGCCGGAGCACUCCGAGUGGACUGAGGGUCCCAAUGACCCGAUGCAGAAGUUGAAGAAGCAGCUGGCGGAGAAGGAGAAGGCGCUGGCUGAUGAGGUGGAGGCGUCGCAAGCCCUUCACGCUAAGCUGAAGGAAUUGCGCGCGACGCUGAAUGCUGAGAGAGGUCGGGCGACGGCGGCGGGGCGCGCGGCUGAGCAGGCUGCGGGCGCAGCGCGAGCUGAGCUGCACACGCUACAGGCGCGGCUGCAGCGUGUACUCGACGAUAACCACGCCCUCGCACAGGAAAAACUUCACCUUCAGUCCAAAUUGGCUGCCGAAGGUGAAGCCCAAGCGCAACGUGUUCAAAUGGAAAUGCAUAUCCAGAGAUUGUCAGAGUCGGAGGCGGGUCUGGUGCAGCAGCUGACAGCCCAGCAGGCGGAGCUGAACACGCUGGCUCGUGAGGCGGCCGCCGCAGCUGCUGCUCGUGAUGCCAUGAUCAUCGCACAGAGGCACGCUGAUGAGCUCGCCCAGCAGCUGCAGGAAGCUAACCGCGCAUACGCUGAGCUGGAGCAGCAGCGGCAGCGGGCGGUGCACGCGGAGAAGGUGGCCCAGCAGGAGCUGCAUGAAGCACAGGACAGGCUGGCUGGCGUAAGUGACCUUCAAAACGAAGUUGAGCGACUGACCAGUCGCGCUCAGACAGCAGAAGGCAAUGUGGAAAACCUUAAAGCGGACAUAGAGAAAACUAAAGAGGAUGCGGAGAAAGCUAAAGCCAGCGUAGAGAAAGCUAAAGAAGAUGCGGACACAUUCAAGAAAGAAGCAGAAAGAGCUAAGGAAGAGGUCAAGAAAGUUACAGAAGAAGCAAAUAAACUGCGCGAGGAAAUAGAGAAACUAAAACAACAAGUUGAAAUAGUUAGACAGGAAUCGGAAAAACAGAAAUCACAACUAUCAAACGAAGUUGCGUCUCUGAAAGAACAGUUGUCAUUGCGAGAGUCUGAGCUGGCCGAGGUGAAGCAGAUGAGGGCCGUGUCCACAUCUGCGCACGCGCAUCCCGCACACAACGGUCUGCCCAACUCUAAUGACGACCAGAAGCGCGCAAGUGAACUGGCUAAAGUAGAAAGCGUAGUUGAAGCUCUGAAAGAAGAAUUAACAGCAGCACAAAAAGGUAGCGGUGAACUGAAGGAGCAGGUGGCCACACUCCGAGAACAACUGCAGCAAUAUCAACAGAAGAAUAACGAGUUGCGAACUAAAAACUGGAAGGUAAUGGAGGCGUUACAAUCCGCCGAAAAGGCACUACAGGCGAAAUGCGUCCGCGCGAUGCCGGCCCAAGACAACCUCUCUGAGGCGAUAGUCAAGGCCGAAGAGUCCCAAUACAAUGAAGUGGCCAGCAUAUUGCGUUCAGCUGUACCCAACAUCGCUCCGGGCUCCGGCACCGGCCGCGACUGGCUGCAGGCCUUCGCCAACAAAUUGAAGAACGAAUUCCAGAAGAUGGAGUCGCACAAGAAGGAACUAGAAAAGAAACAGCGCGAAUUGGAGAAGAAGACAGAAAUACAGACGCCCGCCGUUGACUCUCGACUGACUGAAGUGAACGCACGGAACGAACAGCUACAGACUCUUUUAAAUAAAUACAAGCGAGUUAUUGCUGAUACGGAGUCUGUGCUAAGUCACCUGCAACAGAAUGUGUCGGUGGAGGAGCAGCGGUGGCAGAAGCAGCUCGCGGACAAACAGCGCGAGGUCGACGCGUUGCAGCAGAGAAUAGCCGCACAGAUGCAGAAGAAAGCAGAUAAAGUUGAUGUAAUAGUAAGCCAAUCACAGAAAGCAAACCACAGUCACAGUUUUGCUGACGCCGAAAGACUAACAGAGGAAAGAUUGAUGGGCAGCUUAUCAGAAAAACACGAUUCACGUAAUGGACCUUUACAGCAGGUGUCAUUGGAAGAGAUAUAACAUAUAGGAUAUAUAUAAGUGAAGCGAUACCCAGCGCUCGCCGGGACUACGCCGCGCAGAUGCCGCGUCUGUGACGUCACUGCCCCUAAAUUAAGCUUUAUAAGUGAUUUACUAUGAACAUACAAAUUUAUAGACAGACAUUUACUAAGUCGAAUAUACAAUGCACAACUAAAGUUCCCACAAGUCCAGUGUUGUUCAUUUGUAACUAGCUUUUACCCGCGACUUCGUCCGCGCGGAAUAAAAAAUAGAAAA